UCACGUGAUCACACAAUGGUUUUAACCCGUCGGGCUCGGCACAUUUUAAAGAUGUUUUACCACGAUCUCGAAGAAGGUUGAGGAAGACAACUUGUCGAGGCCUUCGUCAAGAUGCAGAUCUUCGUCAAGACCCUCACGGGUAAGACUAUCACCCUUGAGGUGGAGUCUUCGGACACCAUUGACAAUGUCAAGUCCAAGAUUCAGGACAAGGAGGGUAUCCCCCCUGACCAGCAGCGUCUGAUCUUCGCUGGUAAGCAGCUCGAGGACGGUCGCACUCUCUCGGACUACAACAUCCAGAAGGAGUCGACCCUUCACCUCGUGCUCCGCCUGCGUGGUGGUGGUAAGAAGCGCAAGAAGAAGGUCUACACCACCCCCAAGAAGAUCAAGCACAAGCGCAAGAAGACCAAGCUCGCCGUCCUCAAGUACUACAAGGUUGACGGUGACGGCAAGAUCGAGCGUCUCCGCAGAGAGUGCCCCUCUGCUGAGUGCGGUGCCGGUAUCUUCAUGGCUGCUAUGCACAACCGCCAGUACUGUGGCAAGUGCCAUCUGACCUACGUCUUCGACGAGUCCAAAUAAAUGGAAUAAUCGAUGGAUCGUUUCGCCCGGUGACGGAUCUUGAUAGUCUUGUCAGGAGUGGCUCUUACAGGGAGCAUACUUUGGGCGGAAUCGUGGUACAGAGGUGCUUUGGCAGAAACUAGUUCUUGAAUAAAACAGACUAGAAUUCGCCACGGUAGUAGCUGCUUCGUCAAUAAAAUUACAGACACUUCCGAGCCUUC